AUGAAUACUUGGGUUCUUCUUUCGCUUUUAAUUGCUUUCGUAGGAUGUCAAGCCAACUCAACUACUCGCCAGCCGUUCAUCAUUGGGGACAACAAUCCAGCAUCAGUGGAGUACACGGAAGACACCGUCUACUCCUGCGCGCACUUUCUCAUUCAUCCUGGCCCAAACCAAAACUAUGACACCUCCAAAAUGAUCUCAACUACAUGUCAAUCGCUGAAAACUCGUUCAAAGCGCUUUUUGAAUCAGUUUCCAGUCCUUAAGUGGAUCUUCGGCCAGCACCCAGGAGACAUCAAAGAAGUUCCGACAAUGCUAAAGAAAUCAAAUGCCAGCUCUACUAGAAGAAGAAAUAACAAGUUUCUUGAAGAUUCAACUGAAUUGAGAUUGACACUCUUGAACGGUCUCCCCGCUAAACCACAUUCUUUUCUUCGUUUGCUGAAAUGGAGUGGAUCCGAAAUGACGAAAUUCUUUGGUUAUGAGUCCAUCACUCAGGCCUGGCCCGCAAUGGCAGUCAAAAAGCUGCAGUGUACCAGUCGGAAUAACGCCGAGAUUUAUGCAUGCGGAAGACGAAAUUAUGGCCGAAAAUUUGGAACAAGGAAAUCUAUUCUCUCCGUCGGAAAUUUCACGGAGCUCGGAACAAUAUACAAGUACACAAACAUUUCGGAAUGGGCUGUGGCAGUUGGCAAUGAGAUAAUAUCGGUUGACUCCUGUCUUGAUUACGGAACAUUCCAAGAGUGUACGGUUUCGAGAAACAACACCUGCUCAGUUUCCAACUAUGAGAAAUGCGACCAAGUUGCUGCACUAACUCCGAACCAGUUAUUUGUCAGAAAUUUUGACAACGGAUUCGUAGUUGUUGCUUCAAAUUUGAAAGAGCAUGAGUUCACCAUUUAUGGACACAACAGCACACUCCAUAUGGUGGAUUCCAAGCAUCUCUUUGUGAAAAUUCCUAUGAAUCCUAAGGCGACUGAACUUCCAAAGAUGCGAACUAUCAACCAAGAUUCGGAACUAAUCGAAAUCAACAACGAGGACCUCAAUUACCUGGAAGCUCUUCAUGGACCUCAUCCGGAAAUCAUCAAGCACCGCAUUCUUCUGAAAUCAAAAGCGCCAAAUGGUCUUCAAGAGUGCUUUUUAUGGAUUUCGGUAGGAGUUCUUGUUUUGGCCCACGUUGCGGUCGUUUUGGUCUGGUGGAUCACUCGCAGAAACGAGAAUAAACAAAAGGAAAGUGUCGUUGUCUUCUCUGAGGAGCAGGUCUGCAUCGAAUAG